AUGGGUAAUGCACCGCAUGGCACAAGCCCGCAAUCGCCAGCUGGCCUGAGCGAGCAGCAGGAUGGCGGAUUCUUUGCGGAUGAACCUCAAGAGAACAGUGCUACUGUUAGGCACGUGGUUGAAGACGAGCCGCUGCAGCUCCCGCUCUUUCUCAACAACAGGUGCAUGCAUUGCAGUUAUGUGCCUAUUGACACUGAAAUAUGGAGGAUCUUUGAGAUACCUGUGUGUACUCAAUGCAAGCACAAGAUGCUCAAGCUUAUUACAAAAACAGCAUGUCUGGACGACUAUCUUCUUGCCGAGGAGGACAUAAAGAUGCUCAAGCAUCUUGAGAAGCCUAAUCCUCGUAAGGGCACCUGGUCAAAAAUGCAUCUGUAUCUGCAGGAGCAGAUAGAGCAGGCAGCAAUAUCAAAGUGGGGAUCUCUCGACAAGAUAGAAAUGGAAAAGAUAAGUAGAGGCAGGAUGGCUGAAGAAAGAAAGGCAAAAAGAUUGAAGGCAAGAAUAGGCAACUUGAGGAGGAUGACCAGAAUGCCGGCGGCAGACAAGGAAAAACAUGUACAUGUGUUUUCUAGUGAUGGAACAGCUUCUAAGUGUUCGUGUGGACUGACUGUUGAGCAGGAAGAAAUCUGA